UAUACUUCGGCGAAGUCCGCUUCGAUGCGGGCUUCGCCGAAGGGCGGAUGUGGGACACAAAGGGGGCGGGACUAAGGACCACUCUGGAGAAUUGGGUCACACUACGGACUCGAACCAUCAACUGGAACAAUUCAGGGAAACAAGGGUGGAAGUGCGAGUAUUGGGACAAGGCCAAACAGGAAACUUUCAUUUGAUCGGAUUCAACUUCCUGUUCCGGCGCUUCUGUGACGUAAACAGCGUGCGACGGCACCUGGAGCUCCGUGUGGGAGCAGCAGCAGGAACGGGCAGAAAUGGAUCUGUUCCCGGAGCGGAACCGCGGCGGGGUCGGGGCCUGCCUGUGGCGGCUCACGGUACUCCUGCUCUCCGUGUCCUCGCUGCCCACGGCCACGGCGCUGCUGGAGGGGCUGUACUGCGGGACGGAGGUCUGCUACGAUGUGCUGGGAGUCACCCGGGAGGCCUCCAAGGCAGAGAUCGCCCGGGCUUACCGACAGCUGGCACGCCGGUACCACCCGGACCGAUACCGACCCGAAGAGCCUGGAGAGGAGGAACCCGCUCACAACAAGUUCCUGCUGAUAGCUACAGCUUAUGAGACGUUAAAGGAUGAGGACACGCGGCGUGACUACGACUACAUGCUGGACCAUCCUGAGGAGUACUACCAGCACUAUUACGCCUACUACCGCAGGCGGCUUGCGCCCAAAGUGGACGUCCGCAUCGUCAUCCUCGUCACCAUCUGUGCCAUCUCUGCCGUCCAGUACGUCAGCUGGUGCAGCAGCUACAACAAAGCCAUCAACUACCUGGUAACUGUCCCCAAGUACCGGAUCCAGGCCACGGAGAUCGCCAAACAGCAGGGCCUCCUCAACCGCACCAAGGAGAAGGGCAAGAACCGGCGCUCCAAGGAGGAGAUCCGGGAGCAGGAGGAGGAGGUUAUCCGUGACAUCAUCAAGAACAAGAUCGACAUCAAGGGAGGCUACCAGAAGCCGAGUCUGUCGGACAUCCUGCUGUGCCAGAUCGUGCUGUUUCCAUACUACCUGAGCAGCUACGUGGCGUGGUGCGUCUGCUGGAUGUACCGCUUCACCAUCUGCAGGGAGGAUUACGGAGAAGAGGAGAAGCUCUACCUCAUCAGGAGGUACAUGAAGAUGUCCCAGGCUCAGUUUGACAGCCUGGAGGAAAACACCAAGCAGACGUUCCUGGAGAAACAGCUCUGGAUCAAAGAGAACUAUGAGGCUUACAGGAAAGAGCGGGAGGAGGAGAUGAAGGCAAAGCUGGCGACCGACCCAAAGAUGAAGAGGUACCGCCGCUGGAUGAAGAACGAGGGACCUGGCCGGCUGACAUUCAUAGAUGAGUGACGGCUGCGCGACCUGUCCAGAACGAACACAUCUGCCUCAGUGCCGGCUCACAGGGACAACGCACGCUGUGCUGUGUGGACAAACUCAAAGCUGGUUAUUUUCAGUAAUUAGAGAUAUUUUCACAAACACAGGCCUCAGAAGGACUGACUGCGAGCUGAAGCUUGACAUAUUUCUGUAUUCUCCAAACAUUUUUUACAUCCCGCCCCACCCACCCAAAAAAAAAAUCAAGUCUAUAUUUAAGAUUAAAUGAAACUUGAGAUUUUUAUGUUAUUCUCUUUCCUCCACACCUUUUAGUUUGGUCCUGCUGGUAAAAGCAGGUCAACAAUCGGUUUUUAUGGCUGAAAUAUAAGUGUCCUUUAAAAAUGCAGCAACAACCAAACUUAUGCUGCUGAUGAAGUGGUUGAACUGAUGAUAAUUGUUUCAAUUUUAGCCCAAAUUGUUUAUAAAAAGAAUGUUUUUUGCCAGCAACGUCUAAAGAAACAAUGCUAGACAGUGGAGAUUGUCCUUUCUUGCAAUACCACAGCGAACCUCCAGGGGCGAUGAUGCGUCACUGUGGUGUGUAGUGAUGCUUCUCUGAGUUGUUCAGACGGCUCUUUACAUCAUUGUUUGACAACCUGGUGGAGAUUUGACUGCUAGUGAAGUCCAUCUGAUUACGAAGCUAUGCAAUGUGGGGGUCAAAGUGACAAGAUGGCAGCAGACCUUUUUCACUGCAGACAUUUUGACUUCUGACAGAAGGAAAAGCACUAACAGGGGGUGCCUUGUUUUUAAGAAGGGGUAACUAAACUGGUGUCCAUACUGGGGCCAGUGUUUUCAGUCCCAGCACCAAAAAAUUACCGGUUCUUUGCUGGUCUAGAAGAUAUAACUGUUUUCACUGGGUCCUGGAGGUAAGGUCAUGGAUGCAACCAAUCAUAAAUGUUGUGUGCUACAUUUGAAAUUCCUCCCUUUUGCUUCUAAUAAGCCCAAUUUAAAAACAUAAAAAACGAUAAAAACUUUAUGAUUCCAUGGUAAUAAAAGGGCAGAGUAGCUCUGGAGUCAAUGUCUUCAACUGAAUAUAUAAAUCUUGAUUGGGAUUC